AUGGCUAUCUUAGGGGCCCAGAAGAGGUCCUUCGUUCAGCUUGUUGCAACGCUCACCAUCAGUAUUCUGAUUGCAUGGCCCUGCCCAUGUUCCUUAGCCAGAGCAUCCACACUCCAUAAUUCAUCUGAAACAGAUCGACAGGCUCUUUUGUGCCUGAAAACCCAGCUGUCUAGCCCUGCUGGAGCCUUCGACUCGUGGAGAGAAGACUCACUCUCGUUCUGCGAUUGGCGAGGGGUAUCAUGCAGUGGCAACAAGGCAGCUCGUGUUGUUGCUCUUCACCUUGCAGAGCUAAACAUAACAGGAAAAUUUUCCCCUUGCAUUGCUGACCUUCAUUUCAUUGAUACGAUCGACAUGGCUUACAAUCAAAUAAAUGGCCCCAUACCCCCGGAGAUCGGCAAUUUAACCCGACUGAAGUACCUCAACCUCAGCAUGAACUCCAUCACUGGGGCGAUUCCAGAUUCCAUAUCAUUUUGUUCCAAGCUUGAGGUUAUCAGGCUGAUGAACAACUCCAUCGAAGGUGAGAUCCCUCCAAGCCUUGCCAAGUUACAGCUCCUUCAGCAAAUUGUUCUUAGUAAUAACAAGCUUGGCGGAAGAAUCCCUUUGGGGAUUGGACUGCUUCCAAAGUUGCAGUAUCUGUUUCUCCCAAGUAACAACUUUGUGGGCAGUAUUCCUGAAUCCUUGGGCAGCAGCCCAUCACUCGCCAUUGUAGUUGUUCGGAACAAUAGCUUAACGGGUGGCCUUCCACCUACUCUCUUCAAUAGCACAUCACUUGUUACAUUAGAUUUAUCGGAUAAUGGAUUCUCUGGGGUCAUCCCAUCAUGCUCCAUGAUGUCCCCACCGAUACAAUAUAUUAGCUUAGCAAAAAACAGCUUCUCUGGAGUUAUACCUGCCACAUUUGGAAACUUUUCUUUUCUUUCCACCUUGCUCCUUUCUGAAAAUAACUUGCAAGGAAGCAUCCCUGAAAGUUUAGCAAGGAUUCAGGUGUUGCAAGAACUAGACAUGGCUUAUAAUAAUUUAUCAGGCGCAGUACCACAGAAACUUUACAACAAAACAUCACUCAGCGAACUUGGUCUUGGUGUAAACCAACUUGUAGGAAGAAUUCCUAGUGACAUUGGCAACACUCUUCCAAACAUCGAAACACUGGUCAUGGAAGGAAACAAAUUUGAGGGCCCACUGCCUGUGACUUUAGUCAAUGCCUCCAAACUCCAAGCAUUAGAACUCCGUGAUAAUGCAUUCACUGGGGUGGUUCCUUCCUACUGGUCGCUGCCCAACUUGAUUCAGCUAGACCUUGGUGCAAACCAGCUUGAAACUAUAGAUUGGAGUUUCUUGUCUUCAGCAACAAACUCUACUGAAAUUCAAAUAAUAUAUUUGGACAAUAACAAGCUAGAAGGAACAUUACCAAAUUCCAUUGGCAAUCUCUCAAGGAGCCUACAACAGUUGUUUCUGACAGAAAAUAACUUUACUGGAACUAUACCGUCAGAGAUAGGAAACCUCAAAAACCUCACAAUUCUGCAAUUAGGGGGAAAUAAGUUCCUUGGAACCAUUCCUGCUACACUUGGAAACCUUGAUAACUUGUUUAUCUUAAGCUUGGCACACAAUAAUCUUUUUGGUGAGAUCCCACAGUCAAUUGGGAAAUUGGAAAGGUUAAGUGAACUUUAUGUCCAGGAGAACAAUUUAAGUGGUUCGAUACCGCCGAGCUUAGGAGGCUGUAAGAGUAUGGUGAUACUAAACCUAUCACAUAAUGUCUUCCAAGGAAGCAUCCCGCCUGAGCUCCUCACCAUUUCUUCUCUUUCUGGAGGCCUAGACUUGUCCUACAAUAAACUCACUGGAUCCAUACCAUCUAACGUUGGUGACCUGAUUAAUCUUGAAUCCCUUGAUAUCUCCAACAAUCAAUUAUCCGGAGAGAUUCCUCACACACUCGGUGAGUGCCUUCACCUGGAAUCCAUCCAUUUAGAGGUGAACUUUCUUUCCGGAAGCAUCCCAUCAUCAAUCAUGAGCUUAAGAGGCAUGACUGAGAUGGACCUUUCUCAAAAUAAUUUGUCUGGUGAGAUCCCAGUUUUUCUGGAGACCUUCAGCACCUUGCAGCUACUCAAUUUAUCAUUCAACAACCUUGAGGGAGUUGUCCCCACAGGUGGUGUGUUUGGCAAUUCAAGCAAGGUACAUCUACAAGGAAACAAGAAGCUAUGUGCAGCAGAUCCAGUGCUGCAACUGCAACUACCAGUUUGCAUGUCGGCAGCUUCGAGAAGAAACAAGACUUCCUACAUCAUAUCAAUAGCAGUUCCUCUUGCUAGUGUUGUGAUGAUUCUGACUGCAUGUUCUGCACUCAUCAUCUGCAAGAAGAGAAUUCAGUUCAAGAAUAGCCGUCUUGACCAACCAUGCAAGGAACUGAAGAAGAUCUCGUACUCUGACGUCGCCAAUGCCACGAAUGAAUUCUCAUCGGACAACCUAGUUGGAUCCGGGCAGUUUGGAACUGUAUACAAAGGUACAUUCAAGUUCGAGGCGCACCCAGUUGCAGUUAAGGUGUUCAAGCUCGACCAGCUUGGAGCACCAAAGAGCUUCUUCGCUGAAUGCGAGGCGUUGAGAAACACUCGCCACCGGAACCUGAUACGCGUGGUUAGCCUGUGCUCGAGCUUGGACCAGAUGGGAAACGAGUUCAAAGCCCUCAUCCUUGAGUACAUGGGCAAUGGCACCCUGGAAAGCUGGCUCCAUCAUCCGAAGGUGGACACGCAGAGUAAAAUGACAAGGGUGCUGGAUCUAGGUUCAAGAAUACUGGUCGCCGUGGACAUCGCUGCCGCCUUGGAUUACCUCCACAACUGGUGCAGACCGCCUCUGGUUCACUGCGAUCUGAAGCCGAGUAACGUGCUUUUGGAUGAUGACAUGGUGGCUCAUGUUAGUGACUUCGGAUUGGCCAAGUUUCUGCACGGUUGUGAUUCUUCAGCGAGGCUUUUGAUGAGUUCAACAAACAUUGCCGGGCCAAGAGGAUCCAUUGGGUACAUCGCACCGGAAUAUGGGAUGGGUCUGGAAAUCUCGACCGCGGGCGACGUCUACAGCUACGGCGUCAUCCUACUGGAGAUGAUCACAGGGAAGCGUCCGACUGAUGACAUCUUUACAGACGGGCUGAACCUCCACAGAUUUGUCGAGUCCGCAAAUGUCGGUGAGAUUCAGAACAGCAGCCUCCUCGCCCCGUACCAUGACGGCGUCGGCGAAGCAAGACGCGGCGACUCCGACUGCUAUGAGAACCGAACGAUCCUUGGGAUCCGAAGCUGCGUCGAGCAGCUCGCCGAGCUCGGCCUGAAAUGCUCCGCGGACUCGCCGGGAGACCGGCCGGCGAUCCACCGCGUCUACGCUGAGGUCGUGGCGAUCAGAGAAGCAUUCUCUUCAGCGCUGGAGUUUUGAGGGAAGGGGUAGAUCUGCUGUUCGAUGUAACUCGGAUUCCUCAAGUUUUACACCGUGGGGUUAAUCGGAUGCUUCUGUUGGCCA